AUGUUUACCAUGUCUCGCCUCUUCCUGGUAAUGGUAGUCUUAACACUCACGAAAUUUGUAAACCUCACAGCCAUUCUACUUAACAGCCCCUUGUUUAACAAUGCUCCGCUUUUCGGCGUCGGCCGCUUCGAUCUAUACAAAAGGCCCGAGCACAUUAAGGAGAUAGAAACACUUAGAAGAGUCCACGAGGCUACUCCCCACCCUGGUUUAAAAUAUUUCCAGCCUCAUGGCGAAGGGAAGACGCUGAUUGUUCUUGACGAUUUCGGGGUACUGCUCCAGUUACCAUCUCAAGAUUAUUUCAGCGCCGAAGCACUCCUGAAGGAUUUGGCCGCAAACAAGAAGAAUGAAGUUUGGCUGUACACUGCAAGAGGUGAAGGGUCCCUUAUUGAGGCCUACAAAAAAAUUCCUGGAAUCAACAUAGCGGCAGAGUACGGGACGGUACUGUAUCUAUCGCAAUCGGUCGAGCCCAAAAUGGAGAUAAUAGUUGAGGACACGAUGUUAUCACAUCCUAUUAAAUUUUACAUGAAUCACGUAGCCAGAUCAUCUGAAUCUGUUAAGAUGACGAAGCUCGAUUCAAAGAGCGCGGCAGCAUACUUCUAUGACACGAAAACCCCUGAGGAGUUUGAUCCGGUGGCUGCUGAAAUACGCAAGAAAUUAGGCACCAAUUUCGCCUACUACGAGCUCAGACGAGACGAUGCGAAAAGCGUUGUGGAAAUUAAACAUAUAGAAGCCGAUAAAGGAAAUUUUAUCGACCGGUUGCUGGGUACCGGUCGGUACACGAAAGGAGUCGCAAUUGGCAAUCCCACAAAUAGCGAUGGCAUGUUCAGAGCGAUGAAUCAUGCUAAUCGGGGCACUGGUGAUUCAUUCCACUCUGUGGUUGUCACUGAAGAUUGGAUGCGACAAACUGCUGCGAAAUAUACAUUGCGAGACUUCCACGAGGCUCACAAGCUUCUCAGGGAACUCAUACCGUCGUGGUGGGAUAAAAUCAAAGCGAUAUUUUAUUAG